UGGAUAUUCACUAAUAUUCCAUUGCGGGACACGGAUAAGUGUGCGUUAAUCAGGAUUACCAUCUUCAAUGGCAUGGCGAACGAAAACAGCGAGUAUCGAGUGGUAGUAUUUGGCGCUGGGAGAGUUGGCAAAUCGUCGCUUGUCCUCCGCUUCCUGAAGGACACCUUUCGCGAAUCUUACGUACCCACUGUCGAAGAUUUUUACUGUCAAAACGUGGAGUUCCUAUCCUACACUCUCGAUGACCAGCUAAUACCAUGCAACAACAAUUCAGUGUGCAAUCUUCAGAUCGUUGACACAUCAGGUAGUUAUUGUUUCCCGGCCAUGCAGCGACUCAAUAUUUCCAAAGGGCGUGCCUUCAUUAUGGUCUAUUCGGUAACAUCAAGACAGAGUCUCGAGCAACUCGAGUCCACCUGGAAAACCAUCCGCGAAAUCAAAGGCUCAUUAAACAAUGUACCUGUAAUGCUGGUUGGCAACAAAUGCGAUGAAAUUGGAGCGCGUGAACUCACGGUCGAGGAGGGCAAAGAACGAGCUCGUCUCUGGUCGUCGUCCUUCAUAGAAACGUCAGCCAAGGCCAACUACAACGUUAAAAAACUCUUCCAGGAGCUGCUGCGUUUGGAGAAGACGAGAACCUUACGCAUCCCACAGGAUUUCCAAGGAUUAAGAACAGCGAACGCUAAAAGUUGGCCUUAACACACGACACAUAUUGUACUGGGCCUAAAGAUGACAACCAAAAUUUUAUCUUUUCCUUUGCACAAAGACAUUGAGGAAAAUUUCGGAUGGCUUUAUUGAUUUUUUUUGUGUGUUUUUUUUUUUUUACUUUUUUUUACCAACACCCAUUACAGCUUAAUUUUAACCCUUGUUACAUGUGAUAGACCGUUAACAUCCUUCUCGAAGUACGAAAAAAUUGCUGAUUGUACGUCACAUUAUUUUUAUUUCUAAAAUUGGUGACGUACAAAUUACGCCGACGCCUCUCCCCCUACCUGUGGGUGGGGGGUAACAACAGGAGUAACACCAGUUAACAGAUGACGAGCACACUAAUCGUCAAAUGCGAUCUCUUCCGACUGUUAGGCUACAUCCUGUGGAAUCACAAAUACGUUCAUGCUGUAAACGGUGUGAACUGUCGUAAUCUUUUCGUUAAAUUUCGUACACAGGAUGUAAAAUGGGCUCUCGAUGUUGUUGUCCCCAAUGGGAAUGUGGUAAAGAAUUCCCAAUGGAAUCUCAAUGAUUCAGCAUAAUUACGAUACAAUGAGCAUGGAUGACCGCUACAUCAUCCAUGAAGAACAAGUUUAAUUAAUGGCAUAUUUAAUGUGUGUUUUGCGAAAUUAAAGACCACACAGAUGCAUACAGUCAUAUCUUGCUCUUGUUCGACCCUCACCCAUUGUAUGUUGUAUGCGCACUUCUUAAAACUAUCCACUUUGUUCCCACCGUCGAUAUUUCUUCUUGGGACAGUACACAUCUAAUGGUCCUGAAAAUGGCCACAAACUGAA